GACGAGAGUGAAGGACGACGACCGUCGACGGUGGCUGCUCGAUUUCUCACCAGAUUUCUCAUUUGUCAGGUAUAACAAUUUAUGCAAAUUUGAUGCUUUAUUUGCUGUAACAAUGGUGGGGAGAUACAGUGAUGACGAUGAAGAUGAAACAUUUUACUACAGAUAUGCCUCUGUUGCACCACAACCUCCCUCAUCCUCUUCUUCGGACAAAACCCUAUCAAAAUCCUCAUCCCACCGUGGCGGUGGUAGUGGCAGCAGGAGUGGCGGCCUAGCUCCAUCCAAAUCCACCGUCUAUGUGAGCAACCUUGAUUAUAGCCUAACCAAUUCCGACCUAUUUACCAUCUUUUCCACUUUUGGCAAGGUUGCGAAGGUCACAAUCCUCAGAGAUCGGGUCACCCGUGAGAGCCGUGGUGUUGCUUUUGUCUUGUUUGUGGCUCGGGAUGAUGCGAUAAAAGCAGUCAAGGGAAUUAGUGGGAAAGUUCUUAACAGCCGAACUUUAACUGCAUCAAUAGCUGCUGAUAAUGGUCGGGCUCCAGAGUUUAUUAGGCGGAGGGUAUACAAAGAUAAGAGCAGAUGCUAUGAAUGUGGAGAGGGUGGUCACUUGUCAUAUGAGUGUCCGAAGAACCAGUUAGGGCCACGGGUUCCGCCGCAGCCAUCGAAGCGGGGUAGGAGAGAGGGGCGUGGCGGCAGUAGUGGUGGAUACAGGCGGAGCAAGGAGGAGGAAUGGGGUGGGGAUGACGAUGAAACUGGUGGUGAUGAGGUGUUUGAGGAUGAUAAUUGGGCAUCAGUGGUGGACAAUGGAGCUGAUGAGAGGCUGUUGGGUGGUGGUAGAGAUGGGAGUCAGGCUGCAGCCAAGAAGAAAGGGAAAAAAGAGAAGACAAAGAAAACAAGUUAUUUUAGUGAUGAGAGUGACAAAGAGGAAUGAUUAUCGUUUGUUCACUUUUUCUUGUGAUAACCGUGAGUUUUCGGGUCAAUUUACAUGCAUUGACUAAUCCUCUGGACGACCACGAAUAGUCUGGAGUCAUCACACAUGAACCUUCAUGACCACAAGUGCUUUGGCAAUGGUUGGAUUCAGACUUCAAUCAGAGUCCUAUGUUAUUAUGCUACUUUUCGUAUCCGUCUUCCUUGUUUACUCCAGGUACUUGUUUGUAUAAGCUCCUAUGUUAUUUAGGGACGUUUCAAUCUUUUGGUAGGUCUUUUUACGCUCAAUUUUUAGUUACAAUGCAAAAUGAGAUAGCUGUAUGGGAUAUACCUGUAUCAAUAUAAUAGCACUGUAAUGUUAGAACAACAACUGUUUAAUGUUCGGUAA